CACAAACACACACACACACACACUCUGGUUCACGGACAGAUCAGCUGGCUUCACCUCGACACUAAAGUCAGGACGAAACGACACUGAAAUAAACUCAUCCUCAUCAUCGUUGUCAUCGUCAUCUUCCCUGUGGACGAAGGUGAACAUGGGCUCGGUGUCCGACAGUUCCUGCCUGAACAAGGCCGUUCGUCAGCAGUACCUGAACCUGCCACAAAGGGACAAGUGUCAGGUGACCUACAUCUGGAUCGACGGCACCGGAGAGGGGCUUCGCAACAAGACCCGGACCCUGGACUGUGAACCCCAGACCGUAGAAGAUAUCCCAGAGUGGAACUUUGACGGUUCCAGUACGUACCAGGCUGAGGGUUCCAACAGUGACAUGUACCUGAUCCCAGUGGCCAUGUUCAGAGACCCGUUCACCCUGGACCCAAACAAACUGGUCCUGUGUGAGGUGCUCAAAUACAACCGCCUCCCUGCAGAAACGAACCAUCGACACAGAUGUAAAAAAGUGAUGGAGGAGGUGAGGGAGCGCUGCAUUUGGUUUGGAAUGGAGCAGGAGUACACACUGCUGGGCAUGGACCGACACCCCUUUGGCUGGCCUAAAAAUGGAUACCCAGGACCCCAGGGUCCGUAUUACUGUGGCGUGGGCGCCGACAACGCCUACGGACGUGACAUCGUGGAGUGUCACUACAAGGCCUGUCUGUACGCAGGAGUGAAGAUCUGCGGCACCAACGCUGAAGUCAUGCCCUCUCAGUGGGAGUUCCAGGUGGGUCCUUGUGAAGGCAUAGACAUGGGAGACCAUCUGUGGGUUGCGCGCUUCCUGCUGCAUCGUGUCUGUGAAGACUUCGGGGUGAUCGCUACUCUGGAUCCCAAACCCAUGGUCGGAAACUGGAACGGCGCCGGCUGCCACACCAACGUCAGCACCAGGGAGAUGAGGGAGGAAGGAGGACUGCAGGUUAUCGAAGAGGCCAUCGAAAAGCUGAGCAAAAACCACAACAAACACAUAAAGGAGUACGACCCCCGCGGAGGAAAGGACAACAUGAGGCGUCUCACCGGCCUCCACGAAACCUCCAGCAUCCACGACUUCAGCGCCGGGGUGGCCAACCGGGGCGCCAGCAUCCGCAUCCCCCGCCAGGUGGGACAGGAUGGGAGGGGCUACUUCGAGGACCGUCGACCCGCCGCCAACUGCGACCCCUACGCCGUCACCAGGGUCAUCGCAACCACCUGCCUGUUGGUUCCAGAGGAGGACGAGGAAAAAGAGUAGAGGAGCAGACAGAGGCCCAGGAGUUUAUGAAAAAACAGAAAUAUAUGCAUGUAGUUUCAGUCCAGGGGUUCAAACAUACGGCCUGCAAAAGGGUCCAACCUGGCCCCGGGGAUGAAUUUAUGAAAUACAAAAAUUACACUGAAGAUAUUAACGAGCAAGGAUGUUAAAAUUAUUUUAAUUCAGAUUCCACAUACA